CCCCACCCCACCCCCUACCCACGCACCCACCUUCCUCUCUUCUUAUUUCCAUUCCCUACUUGCACUUUUUCCAGUCCAUUCUCUCUCUCUCUAAAAGAUGGGGUUAUGGCCGUCCUUGUUCUUCUUCCUGUUCUUCUUCUCCCCGUCGCUCGCCACAAACUCUGAAGGAAAUGCAUUACAUGCUUUGAGAACGAGGCUUUCGGACCCCAUGAAUGUCCUGCAGAGCUGGGAUCCAACUCUUGUCAAUCCUUGUACCUGGUUCCAUGUCACCUGCGAUUCCGACAACCAUGUCGUCCGAUUGGAUUUGGGGAACGCCAACGUUUCCGGAACCUUAGGCCCGGAGCUCGGCGAGCUGAAGCACCUCCAGUAUCUGGAACUUUACAAAAACAACAUUGGAGGGAAAAUCCCGAAGGAGUUGGGCGCGUUGGAGAAACUUAAUAGCAUGGAUUUGUAUGGAAACAAAUUGGAAGGAGAGAUACCUAAGUCUUUUGCCAAUUUGAAAUCCCUUAGAUUUUUACGGUUGAAUGAUAACAAGCUGACAGGUUCAAUCCCGAGGGAACUCACGACUCUAUCAAAUCUUAAAGUCUUUGAUGUGUCGAACAAUGAGCUUUGUGGGACAAUACCGGUCGAUGGUCCAUUCGCAACUUUCCCAAUGGCAAGUUAUGAGAAGAACAAGCUGAACGGACCUGAGUUGAAAGGGUUGGCGCCCUACGACUUCGGAUGCUAAGCGAGCUUACAAAUAAUUAAAUACGAUAUCGAGACAUCAUCGACCGGUUUGUGUAUGUAUCAUGUAUGUACGAGGAGGAGGAUAGGUGAUGUAAUUGCUAUGGUUAAUUAAUUAUAUAUUGCAUAAUAGGAAUAGUAGUAGUAGUAGUAGUAGUAGUAGUAGUAGUAGGACAAUGCCUAAUAUAUAUACUUUGCUACUACAUUGGAGAUAGACAAGAUAUGCAUAAUAUAUAUAUAUAUAUAUAUACAUAUAUUUUGUCUUAAGUGAUCUAUGAGUAUUGUAUUGUGUUGUCUUGUGUUGUGAUGGUAAGGAAAUGUGAGGAUGUGAGACCGAAUUUCAGAGA